AAAAAAUCAAAAUAUGUUUGACGUGUUUGACUAUGUCACAAUAAACUGUCACCAUUUGUCGGCCACCAUGCGUAUUUUAUAGCUAAAAAUGUUUUCAAAAUUAAUAAGUUACAAAGGAUCAUAGCCACAAUGUAAAAUGCGAAGAUUUGUAACAUUGGAUUGUUUAGUGGAUUCCAAUGAUAUUAAUACAUUUUCUUACAACAAUGUCCGAAGUCUGAGACAGGCACUGUUAUCACAUGUGACGUAUCAGCCACGGAUCCAACAAGCACUUCAACACACCAAUUUUCAUUUUCACAGAACUUGCAGUUACGGUAAUAUUUUAAGAGAAUGUCAUGUAGGCGAGGGCAGGACUCUCCUCAUGUACUGGCGCCCUGCACACUCUGAAAGCGGUGUCACUGUAAGCAUGUCGGCCUCAAGUUGUUCUUCGAUUAUUCCCAACCCCCACGCUGACAGGGAGCUGCGCAGCGCAGCGCAGCAGACUGACAUCACAUGUCGAUACAUCGCUGGCAUGGGCACGCCAGGCGUCGCAGUCAGCGCCAAAAGAAGUGAGCAGUGUAACAGGCAGCUUAGCUUCAGACAACAUCUGCCGCAUCUGCUUCGGCGGUGCGUCAGCGGAGCGCCUGGAGCGGCCGUGCGGCUGCCGCGGGACUAUCGCUGCUGUUCACCGUUCCUGUCUCGAGCGGUGGUUACUACAAGCCGCUACCAGCUAUUGCGAGCUAUGCAGACACCAUUACGUGGUCACCAGGAGUCACAAAUGGUCCUGGAUGCGUUCUCUUAUCGAAUGGGCGCGCUCGGGACGCGGGCGCGCGCUGGCGGCGGACGCGUGGCGCGGGGUGGCGCUGGGGGCGGCGAGCGUGUUCGGCACGGCGCGCGCGCUGCACGCGGCCGACCGCGCGCUGCAGGCGGGCGCGCGCGCCGGCGGCCCGCGGCCUUGGCCGCCAACCUCUUCUCCUCGCUACUCAUCGGUAUCAUUGCAUUUUUCAUAGGCGCCCUAAACGGUCUGCUGACCACCUGGAUCCUGCUCAAGAUCCAAGAGCACCAGAUGUCGUGGCAAGCGUGGCGGGACAGCACGCUGCACGUGCGCGUGCUGCUCGCGGACGACGAGACGAUGGACGACGAGGAACGACUGCUGCCCACCGACGACCCCCCCACCAUUGACAGGAGCACCAACGUUGCUGACCCCUUUAUGGUGGCCAUGCCAUUCGCUUUGCCGGACUCUUGAUCCUUUUGAAAUCAAUAUCGAUAACUUAACCUCUUGAAUAUUGAGUUUAACCUUUGUAAAUAAUCGAUGGAUAAAAAAAUAUUAAGUACCUAAAGUUUAGGUUCGAUAUUUUUGUAAAAAAGACGAAAUAUUUUUUAUAAUUUAAAAGGAUUUUAUAAAGUUGGACUAAUGUACAUCAAUUAGUUGCACUUUUUAUAAAAUUGCAACAAAAAACUUGUAUUUGCGCCAUGGCAGCGAAAUUUAUAUAUUUUCUAGUUUUCACGAUCGCAUUUUGUGCCGUUCUCGCAGCGAUAGUGCGGGUUCGAGCACUGAGACAUUGUGAUGCAUGCUGCGAAACAGAUUAAACAACUGCUAAU